UUCUAUUCCUUGUCCUGGCUCCCGAGUCGGACUUCACCAAUAAUUGGAGUAAACUAAAAUAAAAUAAACGGGAAUCCAAGUUUCUUUCUCUCCACCAAUAGAGAAAAAAUGGCAUUAAUUUUAUCAACUACUAAAAUCCCACUAUCAAAACCCUUGAAAUUCAACCAAAACCCUCUUUUUUCCAUUAAAGCUCUCAACUUUUUGCCCUUUCUCACACCCCAGACAAGAACCAGAAGCAGAAGUGGAAGAGAGAAUUCUUCUUCUGUUAAGUUAAGAGUUGCUACAACAGAUUCAUCACCAUCAACAUCAUCGUCUUCAAAUGAAGAAGAAGAUAAAGAAGAGAGUACUUCUUCUUCUUCAUCAUCUAGUUUUUCAUGGAGAGGUCAUUGGUAUCCAGUUUCUCUAAUUGAAGACUUAGAUCCCAGUCGUCCAACUCCAUUUCAACUUCUUAAUCGUGAAAUUGUGUUAUGGAAAGAUAAAUUGACUGGUGAUUGGAUUGCUUUUGACGAUAAAUGUCCUCAUCGCCUCGCUCCCCUCUCGGAAGGAAGGAUAGAUGAAGAUGGGAAUAUACAGUGUUCAUACCAUGGAUGGUCGUUUGAUAAGGCUGGAUCUUGUGUUAGAAUACCACAAGCUUCAAAUGAAGGACCAGAAUCUCGCGCUGUCAAAUCGCCAAGAGCUUGUGCUAAGAAGUUUCCAACACUGGUGUCUCAGGGUUUACUAUUUGUUUGGCCUGAUGAGAAUGGGUGGGAGAAAGCUUCUUCAACUAAACCUGCAAUGUUGCCUGAUGAUUUUAAUAGCCCUGAGUUUUCAACUGUAUCGAUUCAACGGGAUCUUUACUAUGGUUAUGAUACGCUAAUGGAGAAUGUCUCGGAUCCUUCUCACAUUGAUUUUGCGCAUCACAAGGUUACAGGGAGAAGAGACAGAGCCAAGCCUUUGCCAUUUAAACUAGAGUCUAGCGGUGCAUGGGGAUUCGCUGGAGCCAAUGAGGGGAACCCACGAAUCAGUACGGAAUUUAUUGCUCCGUGUUAUUAUGUUAAUAAAAUUGAGAUUGAUACAAAACUCCCGAUAAUUGGUGAUCAGAAGUGGGCAAUAUGGAUUUGUUCAUUCAAUAUACCAAUGGCACCGGGGAAGACUCGUUCAAUUGUUUGUAGUGCUCGAAACUUUUUCCAGUUGACGAUGCCUGGGAAUGCGUGGUGGCAGGUUACCCCGAGGUGGUUUGAGCACUGGACUUCAAAUAAGGUUUAUGAUGGCGACAUGAUUGUUCUUCAGGGUCAAGAAAAAGUCUUUCUGUCUUCUUCUGAUGUUAAUGCCGAAUACACAAAGAUCACAUUUACACCAACACAAGCUGACAGAUUUGUCUUAGCUUUUAGAAAUUGGCUGAGACGACAUGGUAACAAUCAACCUGACUGGUUUGGCAACACAAACAACCUUCAACCGCCACCUUCUACAACCUUGUCCAAACGCCAGAUGUUGGACAGGUUUGAGCAGCACACACUUAUAUGCUCGUCGUGUAGAGGAGCUUAUACUGCAUUCCAGACCUUGCAGAAAGUUUUCAUAGGCGCCGCUGUAAUUUUCUGCUCAACAUCAGGGAUCCCAUCUGAGAUACACCUUCGCAUUAUCCUGGGCGUACUUGCAUUUCUAAGUGCUGGUUUGGCUUAUGUGUUUCAUGAGCUCGAGAAGAAUUUUGUGUUUGUUGAUUAUGUACACGCAGACAUUGAUUAGACCAGAAGAAAACUAGAGUAUAUAAAGUACACCAAUUCCGUAGGGUGAGUAUAUAAUUUUUAUUCUUAAUCAGUGUACAAUGUAAAAAAGCAGGUAGAUAGAAUAGAAUUGUAGAAACUUAAGUUGCAUACAGGAAACAAGUAACUUAUCCCCUUUAAGUUCGUUUACGUAAAGCUUUGUAGAAAUUAAAAAUUCUGUACAACAUUCUGUAUGAAACAGUUGCCUGAUUAUUCUGUGGAUAACUACUUUUUGGGUGACUACAGAACCUGCUUUUAAGGCCUUCA